GGAUUGCCCCGCAGCUCCAAGACUCCCCGGGCUCGGCCGACAACCACCAACCUCAGCUCAAUGGGCAUCGCAACCCCGAUUUGCCCGCCAUGGCCGAUGCGACGGAAUUAGAAGCCGAGCUUCUUGCCGCCCUGGGCAUGUCACAGCCUGGUCUAAGCGGGCUUGCCACGACUGAAGCAGACACGCCCAAACGUCCGGCCCAGCGCGAAUUGCAAGGACAACAGCCAGCUCAAGAAACUCCAUCCGACCCUCUACCUGCUCCUUCUGUCCCGCCGUCUCUCCUUACUCCGCCUUCUCCCGCUCCUACAGCUCCUGCCCUGCCUCCGCCCGCCGCUUCGAGAGCGACGCCAACCUCAACCCCAAUUCCGGGAACCGCUUCGAUCCAAACUCCGACACCCCUUGCUCCAGCUUCAGCUCCUGAUACGACUGUGACUGCGACUUCCUCCUUACCCGCUCCUGUUUCAUCGAUUCCCGAACCGCCCUUGGUGCCAGAGCCGAACUUCACGGCCCAAUCGCUGGCGCAGGGCCUUGCGGCUUCUACGACCGAUCUGGCACCCCAACAGCCCUCGCCGCCCGCGCCUGUGCCUGCUUCCAGCGACGUAAACGGAGCGCGUUCUCCUAAACGCCCCAGGAGCCCAGACGGCCUUGAUGAGGCAAACAGUAAGCGACAGAAGACGGAUGAGACGGGGCCGAACUCAGCCAUCAUCACGGGAGCGCCCGGUCUUGACCUUGCGGCCAUGCUCAACGAUGCCCUUGCCAGUCUCGAUCAGCAUACGGAUCCGACAGGCGGAAAUAUUAUCAUGCAAGAUGCCGACGUGGCGCAGCCAGCCGCUCCGGUGAGCCCGACACUUGAAGCUGAAAGGGCUGAGAACAAGUUUAUGAAGGCUUCGAGCAACCCCUUCUACGUCAUGCGCUCCAUGAGCCUUCCGGUCCUGGGCAACAUUGCGGUUCAAAUCUUGCUCAGGCUGUCCCAGCAGGCCCGGGCCGAGACAGAGACCCUCCUAGGCGAUCCUGACUCCGAGUUUCGCAAAGCCUACGACAUGCUGAGGGACAUGUUUCGGGCGACGAGAAGGGCUUUUUCCGACUCGCCUCUGCUCUCUGCAGACGAGCUGGAGAUUGCCGACUCGGAAGACCGCGAGACACUACGCAUGUCGAAUCUGGCCGCAACAGCCGCGAGUGCUUUUGGGGCGCACGACGUACCGUGUCAGGACGUACACGAUGCCUUUUUCUCCAUCUUCAUCCCCGAAGAUGGAGAGUACAAGGCGCCUCUGACCGACUUGCUCGUCUCUCUCAAGACACGCCUGUUGCUGAAUGCCCUCAAUAAGCACGACCAUUCCCAGCCGCUCUCGCAGCUUCUGGAUACAGUGUUCCCUGUCAAUAUUGACGAGUCUUUGAAGCAGCGUAGCGGGGAUAUCCUCCUGAACGCCGAUGAGGAAGCGCUCGUCGCCAGGGUUCGGGAGAGGAGGGAGCAGCUGGUGCAGAGCGCCGCUGACGAGUCCAUUAAAAAAACUCUCGAGGACGCAUCGGCCCCCGAAAACUUUGCCGAGAGCUUAAGCAUCUUCUUACAGAGUCACCUCGCCAUCGUUGUGGACUACGCUGAGAAGUACGGAGUAAACAUCCCCCUGAAUGAGGACGAUACCGCGAUUUCCCAAGAUCCAAACGGCGCACAGCAUGAGGAGCACGACAGUCUAGCCGCUCUGUUGCAGUCUGCCACAUCUCACCUUGCUCAGGCUGAAGGGGACCAUGGGCAAGGGAAGGACGCCCUCUCGAAUGGAACCGGUUCGAACGGGGUCGCAAAGCAACUCGGUUCUGCAGAGAACGAUGAUCUAGACCUAAAGAAACUGAUCGAAGAGUCGCUAUCAACUCACCUUCCCGAGCUGAAGGAACCGGCGGCAAAUCAGCCUAGCUCGACAGGACUUCCUGAUUUCGAUUCUAAGAACUUGGCUUCGUUGAUCUCAGAGAAGCUGAAAAGCGAGCUCGACAUCCCCACUCACGGGCUCCCAAAUCUCUCAGCGUCAGCGCAUUCACCCAAUACUGCGACAAACUCCCAAUCCAUGAUCCAUCCAGUAUAUCAAGCGUAUAUGCAGGCUUCGCCUUCUAUGGGUUCUAUGGGAACAGGUGGGGAUGUGCUGCCGCCCAACCAAUCCAUGCCCACAGCAGCCUUGUAUGAGAAGGCUCGGCAAGCGGCCGUUGCCAAGUCUUCCAACACGACGCGGCGUGAAGGCCUGCACUCGACGCGGAGACCCUGGACCCCUGAAGAAGAGAAGGCGCUCAUGGCCGGGCUUGACAUGGUCAAGGGGCCGCACUGGAGCCAGAUCCUCUCGCUGUUUGGGCAAAACGGAACCAUCUCCGAUAUCCUCAAAGACCGGACACAGGUCCAAUUGAAGGACAAGGCGAGGAAUUUGAAGCUCUUCUUCCUCAAGACGAAUUCGGAGAUGCCCUACUACCUCCAGAGCGUGACGGGGGAGCUGAAGACCCGGGCACCGGGUCAGGCAGCCCGCAAGGAGGCAGAGGAAAAGGCUCGCAUGAAUCUGGAAGAGGAGCAGGCCAGGAUCCAGGGCAUCAUGACGUUAGCAAGUGGCCUGCAGAACAACCACCACCCCAUCGGAAACACCCCGAUCGCCCCGUCCCCUUCGAAGCGAACCAGCCCGACUACCCUCGGGCUUGGGGGAACAGGUGUUGGGACAACCACACAUGCUGCCCAUGUGACAGCCGGCAAUGGUACCACGAUGCCCGCAAUGCCGGGCCCGCCACGGAUCAAAACGGAGCUAUCAGACCAGAGCUCGCUGCCGAAGGUCUCGGCAUUUCCGCCAAUUCAGCCGGCGCCGGCGCCGGGCACCACCGUGCAACAAGGCAGAACCCCGUUGCCAGCGUUGCAGCAGCAACCGGGUACACAACCUCAGCAGCCAAGGCCACCAACCCAGCAGCAAUAUCAGCAGACCCAGCAGUUUCAGCAACCGCGCCCACAAGAGGUGCGAAAAUUGUCGAUGCCGAUGCCACAACAACAACAACAACAGCAGCGGCUGCCACUUCCACAGCAUCAACCACAAGUCCAGCAGCAGCCCCAACCGCAACUGCAACUGCAACCGCAAGCCCCACCUCGAACUUCAUCACAAACUCAACAGCAGCAACAACCCCAAUCGCAACAACAGCGGCAAGCACAGCCGCAACCGGACCCAUCGCGAACACCCGCUCAGGCCCAGGCCCAACCCCAAGCAAUUCCCCAAACCCCCGUGGCAGCACAGGCGACAGGGUUACCACCACCACAACAAUCCUUAUCGCAGACACAGACACAGAUACAGACACAGCAACAGUCCCAAGCUCCUGCUCCUUCUUCGGCUCCUCCCCCACCUCCACCACCACAAAGCGUAUCCCAACCCUUACCCUUGGCACCACCGCCAAUACCGCCCAACCACCAUUCCACGCCUCCUGACCACGAUACUAAGUUGUUCGAGACUCUGCAGGCUGCUAUAGCUGCUUCAACUGCUGGUGAGAGUGGUACUAGUCCUGUUUCUGGGAACACUGCUGGUGCUAGUCCUGCUGCGGCAACGGCUACGGCUACGGCGGUAUCGGAGGGGUCGAGGGGUUGAACUAGGCCCAGCCUAGCAGGUUAGGACAUGG